UAUGUUUCGUUUAUUCAAAUUCAUCAUUACGGCUACUUCAAUGGCCCUGAAGCACUCUCAGGUCCUAAAAAGAUUGAUAGACUCCGCGAGAUCGAGUCCGCGGAUCUGGUGGCUGCGAUGGGACACUUGAAGAACCACACUUUCCGCCCAGUGACGGACGACCUGUUUAUUUUCCAGGGGUUUACAGAGUUUCAUCGCAGCGGGGCAUUCGCAGAGCAGUUCAAAAGGCGUGAUCUGCGAAUGCUAAUUGGCGAAGUCCUCAAUGAAGAGACACUUUACGCGACGUACAACAGCCCGGCGUCGAAUCUAGAUUCCCUGCGGUUGCAGGUGUCAAACUACUAUGCCCCUGAGAUAACUGAGCGAGUCUUCGCGGAUCCUGAUGGGUGGAAGACGCGUUAUGGAAAUAUAAUUGCAGACGGGCAAGUCAGAGCUCCGUCUCGCUGUUUGAUCCAUUGGCUCCACAGUCAAGGCGUCCCUCACGCCGAUAUUUGGCGUUACCGGAUCGCGUAUCGGCUGUCCUUUAUCACGGACAAGGUAGCACCGUGGUCCUUUGGGGUAUCGCAUGCUAUGGACACGCCUUUCUGGAAUUUUUCGAUUCUAAAUGGCCCGACAGAAGCUGAGAGGACAUUGAUGGAGAAUUGGAUUCAGGUGCUCAAGGCAUUUGUUCAGGAUAAUCGAAGAUAUGACUUUGAUACAUGGGCAAUCGGCGAAAUGAAAGUGGCCACACCGGAAGGCACAAUUGAAAUCCAGAGGGAUGAGCGAUGGCCCAGCCUAGUUCAACUGGGAGAGGUCUUUGCGAACGACCUGUAG